GUUUGGCAGCGCCUACAGGUCGGAGAUUCUGUAGAGCCGGUUGUUAUAAAACAGAAUUCUACCAGCGUCGCUGAACUCAGUGUCGCUGCUGUUCUCGCCGGGUUAGGUAAGGGUGGAUCGCGUGCGUUUUGCGACAGCAUCCAACCGGUAACUUUGUAUUGUGUGUUUGUGUGAUUACGGUGGACAACAACUACAACGUUGCAUGAUGCAGCAAACUUUGUUGAUCGUUGGUUCGUUGCUAUUGGCAACCGGUGUUUGGUCUGACGAUGCAACUACGCCUGCCGCCGCAACCGGUGAUUGUGUGCGUUCUGUAACGACGGCUAGCGGAAGUUUGAUCGACCGUGGCCGUACUUUCUGCAGUGGAGAGCUUAUAUUUGAGGACAACUUUGAUUUCUUCGACUUUGAAAAAUGGGACCAUGAGAAUACGUUGGCCGGUGGUGGUAACUGGGAGUUCCAGUGGUACACCAACAAUCGGUCCAACUCGUUCGUUGAGGAUGGAGCGCUCAACAUUCGGCCUACGUUGACUGCAGAUCAGUUUGGGCUUGAUUUCAUGACAUCCGGGACGCUGAGCCUGCAGGGCAGUUAUCCCACGGACCACUGCACAAAUGAUGCAUUUUUCGGCUGUGUCCGGGUCGGCAAUCGGCAGCACAUAGUGAACCCGGUCAAAAGUGCUCGCAUCCGUACGAUCAGCUCGUUCAACUUCAAGUACGGUCGGGCGGAGGUGCGCGCCAAGCUACCGACGGGCGAUUGGCUAUGGCCGGCCAUCUGGUUGCUGCCGAAGCGCAAUGUGUACGGCACUUGGCCGGCGUCGGGCGAGAUGGAUCUGAUGGAAUCGCGUGGUAACGAAAACCUUUUCCUCGACGGAGUACAGAUCGGAACGCGCCAGGUCGGACAAACGUUACACUUCGGACCGAACCCCUCGUACAAUGGUUACCCGACGACCACGCUCACGAAGAACGCGAUGCCGGAACAAGAGUUUAACAAAAACUUCAGCACGUUCGGGUUCGUGUGGACGCCCGACAACAUUACGGUGAGCAUCAACGGGGAGGAUCUGGCCACGAUCGAGGGCGACUUCUGGACGCGCGGUGACUUUGGCAAGCACAAUUUGGAAAAUCCGUGGCGUCAUGGGACGCGCAUGGCACCGUUCGAUCAGGAGUUCCAUUUCAUAAUCAAUCUGGCGGUGGGGGGUGUGGCCUUUUUCCCCGACGCAGCUACCAACCCGGGCGGUAAGCCGUGGACCAACAACUCACCGCAAGCGGCCACAGACUUUUGGAAUGGGCGCGCCCAGUGGCUGCCGACCUGGAACCUGGAUAAGGAUGGUGGCAAGUCGGCCUCGCUGCUCGUUGAUUAUGUGAAAGUUUGGGCGCUGUAGUCUCGUUCCUCGUAAAUAUUCUGAUUAAACAAUUUUGAAUAAAACUUGGCCGUUGUACAACACGGAAGCAACGGCGGUUCUGUUAUCCUUA